AUGGCCUCGGCCUCUUACGACGUCAGCGGCGCCCAGUUGCCCGACGGCGACGCCGCCGCCGCGGCGCAAAACAAGCCGGACAACACGGCGUUCACGCAGCAGCGCCUGCCGGCCUGGCAGCCGCUGCUGUCGGCCGGCACGGUGCUGCCGCUCUUCUUCUGCCUGGGCCUGGCCUUCGUGGCCGUCGGGCUGGGCCUCCACUUCUCCUCGGAGCACAUCGAAGAGAUCGAGAUCGACUACACCCGCGUGCUGGACGGUCCCAAUUGCUCCGCCUGCGCCCGCUUCGCCGGCAGCCUCCCCGGCCGCGGGCCCUGCUGCCUGGUGCGCUUCGAGCUGCCGGUGGACUUCCCCGCGCCCGUCUGCCUCUACUACCAGCUCUCCAACUACUUCCAGAACAACCGGCGCUACAGCAUCUCCCGUGACGACGAGCAGCUCAGCGGCGACUCCACGGCGCUGCGCCACCCCAUCCAGGAGUGCCAGCCCUACCAAAAGACCGCCAAGGGGACACCCAUCGCGCCCUGCGGCUCUGUGGCCAACAGCCUCUUCAACGACACCUUUGAGCUCUAUCGGGCGGUUGCGGGCGGCUUGCUGGAACGGGUGCCCCUGGACAAGAGGGGCAUCUCCUGGUGGACCGACACCAACGUCAAGUUCCAUAAUCCAGAACCUGUCAAUGGGUCCCUGAAAGCCGCCUUCUGGGGCACCGCCAAGCCCCCUUUCUGGCCUGUCCCGGUCUACGACUUGGAUGAAAACAACAUCAACAACACCGGCUUCGUCAACGAGGACUUCAUCGUGUGGAUGCGCAUCGCCGCCUUACCCAGCUUUCGCAAGCUCUAUGCCCGUGUCCGCUACGGGAAUUUCACCGUGGGGCUGCCACGCGGCACGUACUAUCUCAAUAUCACAUACAAUUACCCGGUCCUCUCUUUCCGUGGCAGCAAGAAGAUCAUCUUCAGCACGCUCUCCUGGAUGGGUGGAAAGAAUCCUUUCUUGGGCAUCACCUACCUCGUCUUCGGCUCUGUCUGCAUUGUCACCGGCAUUGUGAUGUUGGUUGUGCACAUCAAAUAUCGGCACCAGGAUGAGGAAGAUUAAUGGACAAAGCUCUGAAAGCCAACAUGUUUGCGGGGAGAUAGCUUCAGGAAGUGUGCCACAUUCUUCCUGUAUGUUGGCAGAAUUCAUCAACCCUAGUUUACGAUGUCAUCUUUGUCUCCGGCUGCUUCGGCCAAGAGUGGCCAACACUACAUGGCUGGCUUUUCUGCCUUCCUUAUAGGGCUGUCCCCCAAGGAAACGGUUGUUUAAUUAAGGUGGAAAGCUCUUACCUGGUUAGUCCUUAUAGACCUAUGGCCUGUUCUCAAAAUACUGCAGGAAGCAUCCUUCUAGAAAUGGCACCAUGCCAAUGUUUUCAUACUGAGAUGGGAGAACCAGACCAGAGCACUUUGACUUGAGCCAGGCUGAGAAUCUCAAUAGAAUCACUCGAUUCUUGUAGCAUUGUAUAGAGUUUUAAGGAGUCUUUUAUUUCCCUUUAGCUCUGU